AUGACCUUUCCCCGAGGGCUCUCCCCCGGAGGCAGCAUCGCGCUCGGCAUCGUGGUUGGCGUGCUGUCGACGAGCGUGCAGAGCCUCGGACUGACGCUACAGCGCAAGUCGCACAUCCUCGAAGACGGCAAGGCACCGCACCUGGCUCGACGUCCUCCGCACCGCCGUCGCCGCUGGCAGCUCGGCAUGGGUCUCUUCCUGGCCGCCAAUCUGCUGGGCAGCUCCGUGCAGAUCUCGACUCUACCGCUGCCCGUUCUCUCGACUCUGCAGGCUUCUGGCCUCGUCUUCAACUCCAUCUGCGCCACGCUCAUCCUCGGCGAGCCCUUCACCCGCUGGUCGCUUUGGGGCACCCUCCUCGUCUGUUCUGGCGCCGUGCUGAUCGCCAUCUUCGGCGCCAUCCCCGAACCUGCCCAUAACCUCGCCGAGCUGCUCGCCCUGCUCGUCCGGCCCGCCUUUGUCGCCUGGAUGGCUUUCCAGGCCGUCGUCGUUCUCGCUCUCGCCCUCGUCGUCGAGCUCGCCGCCGCUGUCACGCCUCCGCUGCUCGCCCAGACCGCCCGCUUCCGUCUUGGCCGUGGUCUCACCUACGGCGCCAUCAGUGGCAUCCUCUCUGCUCACGCCCUUCUCGUCGCCAAGUCUGCCGUCGAGCUCGUCGUCCGCACCGUCGCCGACGGCAACAAUCAGUUCCGCCACUGGCAGGCCUGGGCCCUCGUCCUCGUCUUCGUCGCCCUCGCCCUCGUUCAGCUCUACUACCUCCAUCGCGGCCUUCGCCUCGUCUCCACCUCCAUCCUCUAUCCCCUCGUCUUCUGUGUCUACAACAUCGUCGCCAUCCUCGACGGUCUCAUCUACUUCCGCCAGACCGAUCUCAUCGGACCCCUGCGUGGCUGCCUCAUCACCAUCGGCACUGCUAUUCUCCUCUCCGGCGUCUUCGCUCUCUCCUGGCGCCUCGGCACCGAACAACAGCACCAAUCCCAACAUCAGCACUCGUCUGCUGUCGUCGCCCAGACCGCCGGCGACAACGACGACGAGGCCGGCGAGGACGCCCUCCUUCUCGGCUCGUCCGACAUUGCCAUAAUCGAGGCUGACAACGGCGAUGAGGCCGACGAGACCCAGGGCUUGCUGCACAAGAAGUACGUCUCGUCCUACCACACCUUUGCCUGCACCACAGUCCAUCACGUCGUGGGAGACUCUGGCGUCACUGUCGCCGAGACGGCCUCUUUGCUGCCACCAUCGCCAUCGUCAUCGCCAUCGCUGCCUGCGCCGGGCUGCUGGCGACCGGUGCCCUCUUCCUUCCCUUCUCUCGGGGCCACCGGCCUGCUGGUCAGCAACACCUCUCCGACAUCGCGCUGGAUGGAGCGCGCCGAGAUAUGGGGCGAGCUGGAAGACCAGGCCAGAAGUCCCCGCGUUAGUAGUGGUGGCGGUGGUGCUGUCGGUGCCGGUAACAGGGCAGCAAAUCUACGGAGACAUCGCAGCAAGACGCUGCCAGACCUUUCGGGUGAGCUGCCAACGCGCUCGCCUAUUCAUAUCGAGCCCGAAGACGAUGUUGAUGCGGAAGCGCUGGCCGCGUAUCACCGGACCCAUCGGCGAAGGCGGAAGUCUGCAGGAUUUCCUGGCUUUCACCAGCCACGUCGCACCGGCAGCACCGGCGGCCUCCAGGACGCUCUCGGAUCCGUCUGGAGGCUCGGCUGGUGGAGCGGCAAGGGGAAGCAGCCCGUGACCGCCAUGCCGCCAGUUGCCUCGUCCAGUCCUAGUCUGUCGUCGUCAGCACGAGACGCCGGCGACGAGACAGCGCAGGGACUGCGCCAUCAUCAUGAUUCGCCUGUAUAA